CGUGAUGUCCUUCGUCGUGGUGAUGUUGAUUCUCCUCAUGGACGUGAUCACGUUCACUGUUGUGAUUACGAUCGGCUUCUGCGUGAUCACGUUCGUGAUCGUGGUCUUGAUCGUGAUCCUCUACGACAUCAUCAUCAAGAUCCCGAUCGUCAAGAUCAUCAGCGUCGUCGUCAGAUUGACGAGCGCACGUGAAAAUGAAGUGGGAGAGACAGAUGACAUGUUCAUCAUUAUGACUCCGCAGAAUGCCGUUGGAAAUUGCAUCCUCGAUGACCUUGGACGCAUGGUGAUGGCAGCAGGAAAGAGACCAGUGAUCAUUGUUAAUCCCAGACUAAAGGAUAUGCCAAGUGCUGCGGGGGUAAUGCAGGUUGCAGGGAGAAAAGAGAGAAUGGAGUUUGUGGAUUCAUUUAAGACAUGUUAUCAUUUCCGGCUUUUGUACCUAUCGGGAACCAACUUCUAUCCCAUUCUCGGAGCACUCAGAUACUCCUAUCCAGGCCCGUAUGAGGUAUAUAAGCGAGAAGAUCUUCCAGAGAAAAAGGAGAGAUAUCUGUUGAUGGACACAUUUGAGGAGGAGCCUCGUGGAGAUGACUUCGCUCUUGCACUGGCCGGUAGGCAACGGAAAAUUGAAGCAGCUGCUCCAUUCUGGAAGUUCUGGUGACAUGAGGCUGCUCGUUAGGUUACGAGAAGAGGCGGUUGGUUGCGGCGAAAUGGACCUUAGCAGAAGCUGAAUGUGGUAAAUUAGAACCGAGCAAAGUGGGCAGAAAGGCUGAUGUCGUGACCAGGUGGUGGUGGUUGUAAGGAUUGAAGCUUGUGCAAUCUGCAAGCAGGAGAGUGACACCUCUGCUUUUUUUUUCUUUUUCUUUUUUUUCUAUUUUGACAGUGUAAAAUCUCCAAGUUCCAACUUCAAACCUAAUGGUUUCAGAAAUCUCCAAGUUCCAACUUCAAACCUAAUGGUUUCAGAAAGAUGAUAAAGUCCGAUAAACACAGUUCAAAUUUUAAACUUGAAAACUAUGUGGUUUUCGUUGGGGGUUGGCAGAGGCUCAAGCCACAUGUGUAACACAACCUGACAACCCAGGUUGCACAGGAGUCCUGGACUUUACUCACGCCACACCCACCCUUGGACUCUUUGACUGACCGCGUUCAUAAUGGGGGGCGGGUCAGACACAUCCUGGAAAACUCUAUUGUGAGUGUGCCCUAGAAAGUCCCAGCGGAAAGCCCACAUAACUGUAGCUUGAAAAAGGAAGGGUUUCACUUAGGGAUGCGGUUCACCUCUCUCUCUCUCUCUCUCUCUCUCUCUCUCUCUCUCUCUCUCUCUCUCUCUCUCUCUCUCACACACACACACACACACACACACACACANCUCUCUCUCUCUCUCUCUCUCUCUCUCUCUCUCUCUCUCUCUCUCUCACACACACACACACACACACACACACACACACACACACACACACACACACACACCAGCGAGGGCGAACAGGUCACCGUUGCCCGUACUCGACCGUACCCAACUGUAACCGCUAGGUUAUGGGUGGUGCUGGGUACCCCUUCCAAAGUGGGAGUUCGGUAUGGGCAGGCAAAACAAUAGUGCCCGUUGUUAGGGCGGGCACAGUUGUCCUUAUGGAGAUCAUGGGCGGGUAAGGGCAGGUAGGGGCAGGGGGGAAAGAAAAAACCCUAGUAUGGGCGGCCAAAAAGAAACAUAGAACAGGUAUGGGCACGUACAGGUGGCAACGAAAAAAAAUGGUAUGGGUACGGGUGGGUAGACAGGUUCCUAUCGGGUUACCGUGGAAUACCUGGUGCCUACCCAUUCCAACUCCCCAGUCCAGCCACCCCCCUCCCUCGGCCCCCCUCUCAUGCCACUACAACUUCUAGGCGAAAAGAAAUUUAUCCCGCUGCCUCGUCAAAAGUCCCAAACAGCCUUUUUUUUUUUUUUUUUGCCGUGCCGCUGCGUUGUUGAAAGCCCAAAAGUUUCCUGACUUCGAGUUGGACCUUUCGAGUGUUGCCUCGCUUCACCACUCACGAAAUGCAAAGAAGAAAACAAAAAGAUUCAUUCUCAUUUUCAACAUUUCGCGAGUAGCGGAGCAAGGCCAUUGCCUCCCGCCCCUUUCCAUUCCGUGUUCCCACUACUCCCCGGAGUCUCCAACCGUCGUUCACGUCCCCACCCUUCGUCCUCCCCGCCACCCGUAAUUGUCCAUCCUCCAUAGCGUCCAUGGCCGGCGUCGCAGGUGUGACCCAGCAGGAGGGCGUUUCAGGUGUGAUCAGCAGCCGCAGCAAGCGUCAGGACUCAGGAGACGGGCAUGGCUGGUUACGGGUGGGUGCCUACAAUUGUGGGUGGGUACUGGUAAAGAAAACCUGGGCUGCGUAGGGUAUGAGUGGUUAACAAAUAGUUUGGGUUCAC